AUGUUAGGCGCAGCAUCCCGGCGCGCUGUCGCCAUUCCAAGGACCCUUGCACAUCGCCAUCAUCAACAUGCAUUCUCAUCCUCGUCAUUCUCGACACGCACAAUACCCUCCAUCCUCCGUUCACGGCCGACGGGUGCUGCUCCUACAUCUCUCCUACGAACCGUCCAAGCCACCACCAUCCAGACUCGUCCCCUCUCCUUCGCGCAGAAGAUGAAGCGCGGUUACCAGGAAGCCUCCCGUGGAAUUUGGCGCAAUAACCCCAUUCUCCUUCCCCUCGCACUCCUCUCCGUCGCCACCGCAACCGCAAUCUUUAGCUACAUCGCCUACAAGGAAGCCACAGAAGUCGGCCCGCAAUACCACAAGUUCCCGCCACCGGUUGCAGAACGUCUCCGUACGGCAAUCUACUAUACCGACGUGAAGCUGAAUCCCGUCAAAGCUAUCGACGCAUAUAGCGAGGCAAUCAAGUUAGCAGCGGAACUGCAAAUGCACCCUUACUCGGACGAAGUGAUGGGAAUCAGGUUGCAGGUAACCAAGUGUCUAGAGAUGGCGGGGCUAGUGCCAGCUGCUAUUCAAGUCUUGGAGAAGACACGAGCAGAUGCAUAUCACUGGGUGAAGACGAAUAUGGAGACAGAGGCAUUCAAAAGGGGGGAAAGCGAUUAUUACUUUGCCCGCGGGCCCUCCGCAGAGAAAGGCGAAUUGGCCGCUGAGCCAAUGAAGGUCGACCCCGCCAUUGCAGAGUCAUACGAGAAGAUGAAGCAGGCGGAGAUCUAUGAGUAUGAACAAGUAGAGAAGACUCUCGCCAAGGUUGUGGGUAUGUCCGUAAAGCUCGCGGAACUAUAUAAGAGUGAUCAUAUCCAGGAUGACAAAAAGGCCGAAGAGGCGCUCGAAUUUGCCGUUCAACUAUCCCUCGGCGAAGUGCAACGUCGACACCAAGCCAAGGUCCCCAUCGGCGGUGGCAACUGGUUGACUCUAACGGAGAUCGGAACCGCUCUAUCCGAGUUGGGCCAACACUAUGCCUCCAAGGGGAAGUUGGACCUUUCUUUGCCGUUGUAUCUGCGCGCCUUUGACCUCAUCAAUGCCAAUGAAGGCGGGGUUCCAUCAUGCAAGCAGGUCACCCUCAUGUACAACAUCAGUGGCUGUAUCGGCUACCCAGCUCUAGACGGUGUCGCACCAUCGUCGGACCCCGGUGUUUCGCGUGCUGAGGCUAUCGAGGCCGCACGCAAGUGGGCUCAAGGCGCGAUCGAGAGGGCUGAGAAGGUCGAACCUUCCGAAGAUUCUGUGGAGUGCCAUUACAGCUGUGCGUCGGCUAAGGUUAUGCUGGGACAGUUGGCAGUGUUCCAUAAUAAACCUGAGGAGGCACUGAAGUAUUAUUAUGAGGCCAAGGAUCUUUACAACCGCCUAGAACUUAGUUCUGAUGCGGAGGAUGUCUCAAGGCUGAUUAAGGAUCUCGAAAAGAAGAAGAAAUGA